CCUGCAUGCAUUUCAGCAACCUUGAACGAGUCUUGGGAAGCACGAGCGCCCGGAGCUCAUAACUGGAAAGAGACACGACGGCCAUUUGUGAGUAGAGAUAUCGGACUCGGUUUUUCCUAUAUAUUAUGCAGGAAUCCGGCCGUCAGCUGCUCAGCUUCAGCCGUCGGGAAGAAGACUCCGGUAUCGGUCAUGGGCUACCAUCAAAUCCUGAUUUCUCAGAGUCAUCAACUUGCACCGCUCUCACCAUCAGUUUUGAUCAGAACCGGAUCUACAGGAGGAACUCAUUCAGAGCUGCAGCGCGAGGAGUUGCCGGUGCACUCAUCCCAUGUUUCGUGCCCCGCCGCAGUAAAUCUGUGGAGGAAGCUGACUGGGAGGGCAGCACAAUCCAACACCGUGAUGUUUCCUCCGCAUCCAGCUCAAAGAUAUCGACAACAAACAACGGCAGCAUCUCUAAUUUCAGGCAUGGCAGCUCCCGCAGUAGGAAUGAAGCACGGCAAGAAACAACAAUGUUCUCAAUUGCAGAUAUCUACAAAGCCACUGCAAACUUCUCUGUAGAAAACAGAAUCGGGCUAGGAGGUUUUGGAGCAGUGUACAAGGGGAAACUCAAGGAUGGGUCGCUUAUUGCUGUAAAACGUGCCACCAAGAACAUCUAUAACAGGAACCUGUCCGCAGAGUUUAAGAGCGAAGUCCAAAUCAUGUCAAAGGUAGAGCAUUUGAACUUGGUCAGAUUCCUUGGAUUCCUAGAGCGUGAUGAUGAGCGUUUACUUGUGGUCGAGUACGUCGGCAAUGGCACUCUCCGCGAACACCUGGACGGUUCUCGUGGAGAUGGGUUAGAGCUUGAACAUCGGCUUAACAUUGCUACUGAUGUAGCUCAUGCUAUCACCUAUCUGCACAUGUAUACAGAUCAUCCCAUCAUCCACAGGGACAUAAAGGCGUCGAACAUCCUGCUGACGGAGAAGCUCCGAGCGAAGGUCGCCGACUUCGGGUUCGCCCGCCUGGCGCCGGACGACCCGGACGCCACCCAUAUCUCCACCCAGAUCAAAGGCACUGCCGGGUACGUGGACCCGGAAUACCUCCAGACCUACCAGCUCACCGACAAGAGCGACGUCUACUCCUUCGGCGUCCUCCUCGUGGAGCUCGUCACAGGGCGGCGCCCCAUCGAGCGCAACCGCAACCACAAGGAGCGCGUCACCACCAAAUGGGCGAUACGUCGAUUCAAGGAAGGAGAUGCGGUGCUGGCGAUGGACCCGAGGCUGCGGCGGAGCCAGGCGGCGAUCGCGGCGGUGGAGAAGGUGAUGGGGCUGGCCCUCCAGUGCAUGGCGCCGUCCAAGAGAUCUCGACCGGCCAUGAAGAGGUGCGCGGAGGUGCUGUGGGCGAUCCGGAGGGAACACCGGGAGAUGCUGCCGCCGCUCGCCGUCCCGAGGAGGAGCAAAAAUCUGCCGAGUGUCGGCUGAUUUGGUAGGGCGAGCUUUCGCAACCAGCUUGCGGAGGUAGCAAAUUAUGUGGAGACCGUGGUGUUGAUUGUUUCUAGUCGAUCCGAGUAUUCGUGAGGUUUCCAUAGUAUGCAGUGCCAGUCACUAAUCUGUAGUUAAAUUGACCUAAGAUCUUUCAACAUUUAAGCUGGUGGUUUAAGUAAGUAGACUCGACCAUUCCAUCAA